AUGCAGCCAUACUAUCAUCCUAAAACGCACGGGAUCCCUGUCGCUCUCGUCCACUUUCGGUCCCACUUCCCUGCGCUGCUGGACCAGUUCACUCACUUUACAGCGCACGCCGCGGCCGCCCUCGCCAUCCCCGUCUCUAAAACCGUCCACCUCCCGACACAGAGAUCACUGUGGACCGUGCCGCGAGGCCCCUUCGCACACAAGAAGUCGCAAGAGAACUUCGAGCGCAGAGUACACAAACGGGUCAUCAAGGCCUGGGACGCCGACCAGGAGGUCGUGGAACGAUGGAUCAAGUACCUUGAAGAGCACACCAUGGCGGGUGUAGGCAUUCGGGUGGUCCGGUGGCACAGGGCACCUGUCGGCGUAGGUACGAAACAGCUGGAGCACACCAUCAAGCAGAUGCGUAUUGGGUCCGAGACGCGGUCGGAGAAGGUGAAGGCUCUGGGGGAGAAAAUCGUUCAGCAGGAGAUGGCGGCGGCCGCGCAGGUCCAGCAACUAGAAACGCCCUCAUCAUAG